GUGUGUAUGUGUGUGUGUGUAUGUAUGUGUGUGCGUCCCCAACAGGAACUAGUCCGUUUCUCUGCCUCGCAGCAGGAAGUCAUAUUUGUUUCCAUCGGAGCUUCACACACACACAGAUCGUCCGGCACCAUGGCGGCGUCCUCUGGUCCCAACCGGACCAACGGCAGCGGCUCGUCCGCGUGCGACCGGGUCCACGGCUCGGCCCAUGUGCUCCUCCUGCUGGUGUACACGCUGGUGUUCCUGGUGAGUCUCCGUCUGGACGCGUCCUGCCCGGCAACCGGCCAGUCAGCGUCUCCCUGUGCUCCUCAGGCGGGGCUGCUCCUCAACGGCUUCACGCUGAAGGUCUACUUCUGCCGGGCGCCGCGGCCGGCGGCCAGCAGCGUGACCGUCUACCUGAAGAACCUGGCGGCCGCCGACUUCCUGGUCAGCCUCUGUCUGCCCAUGCGGAUCACCAACUAUGCCAGCGGCUCCGCCUCCGUCCGCCGGGUCUACUGCACCUUCGGAGCCUCGGCCUUCUACCUGAACAUGUACGCCAGCAUCGCGUUCAUGGGCUACAUCGCAGCCAACAGGUACCUGAAGAUCGUCCGUCCUCGAGGAACUCACUUCCUGGAGACGGUGCGCGCCGCCCACGUCAUCUCCGGCGUGACGUGGGUUCUCCUCCUGGCCACCAUGGCCGCCUACGUCGCCCUGUCGCUCCUCACCGAGGAGGCGCCGCCCCUCGCCGAGGAGGCGCCGCCGGCCUCCGCCCUGAGCUGCGAGGUGCUGCACAGCCGGCCGCUCGCCCUCUUCUACAAAGCGGUCCACUGCGCCUCGGCCGCCGUCUUCCUGCUGGUCCUGGUCUCGCUGGUCUUCUUCUACCACGCCGUCUCCCGCCGGCUGGCGCUGGCGCAGCGGCAGGAGCCGGCGUCCUCUGGGUCCACCAAGCUGGCCGAGUCCCGCAGGAACAUGCGUGUGCUGGUGGGCGUGUUCUGCGUGUGCUUCGUGCCGUACCACCUGGUCCGCCUGCCCUACGCCUUCCUGCGCAGGCGGUGCUGGUGGAGCCACGCUCUCUUCUACCUGAAGGAGCUGACCGUCAUGGUGUCGGUGCUCAACGUCUGCCUGGACCCGCUCAUCUACUUCCUGUUCUGCAAGGCCUUCCGGGCCCAGAUGAGCCCGGGGAGGCGGCUCCGCCCCCCGCGGACCGCGCCGCAGGCGACCGCCGGCGAGAGGAGGAGCAGCGACGGCUGGCUGAGGGCCAGCAGGAAGACGUCGCUCACCACCUCCACCAGGUGUCACCCCCACAGCACCGAGCCGCGGAACCUCUGAGCCACGAGAAGCUGCCGGGCGUCAGGCUGCUGACUCAGGGUUGUGGGUUUGACUCCCACGCGGCCUCCCGGUGCCUUCAGGGACUUUGUUCACCUCGACGCUCUGAAAUAAACACGUUCACUUCUCA